GGUUUAAUGGCGGCCCCUAGUACCGCGGCUCUGGUGGGGGGCACUCGGGAGUCGGGUUCCGGGGUGGCGGCACAAGGGCGGAAGAAAGUCUACGGCAAGGGUGAUCCUCAUAGAAACUACUAAAGACUACAAAGAAUUGAUUCUAGGCAAAGUAACAGUGAAAUAGAUUAUACUGAUCGAGUAACAUGGAUCCAUGUUCAGUUGGAAUUCAGCUCCAUACUGCUAAUGAAUGUCAUAAAAUAUACUAUACCCGUCAUGCUGGCUUCAAGACUAAGCAAGAUCUAUCUUCAUCCGAUCUAUUACUACUUCAGCUUAGGACUGGAAUGACUCUUUCUGAGAACAAUACAAUCUGCUUCCAUCAUGCAAAAAUUUACAUUGACAAAUUUGAAGAUCUGCAAAAAUCAUGUUGUGACCCAUUUAACAUACACAGGAAAGUAUCAAAGAAAAACUUGCGUGCAAUCGACUUAGAUGAUGCAGCUUUUCUAAGUGCCAAGUUUGGAAGACAAUUUGUACCUGGUUGGAAGCUUUGUCCAAAGUGUACACAGAUAAUCAAUGGAAGUGUGGAUGUUGACACUGAAGAUCGCCAAAGAAGGAAACUUGAUUCAGACGGGCGAACAGCUAAAGCUUUGAAGUCCUUGCAGUUUGCUAAUCCAGGACGACAGACUGAAUUUGCUCCAGAAAGCAGUAAAAGGGAAAAGAGAAGGCUACAAACAAAAAGCACAUCGGUUAAUUCAGACAGGCAAGUAAUCCCAGCAAAGAGUAAAGUCUAUGAUAGCCAGGGACUUCUGCUUUAUAGUGGGAUGGACCUCUGUGACUGUCUUGAUGAAGAUUGCCUGGGAUGCUUCUAUGCUUGUCCCAAGUGUGGUUCCAACAAAUGUGGAGCUGAAUGCCGCUGUGAUCGCAAGUGGUUAUAUGAACAAAUUGAGAUAGAAGGAGGAGAAAUUAUUCGCAAUAAGCAUGUGGGUUAAUUUAUAAAUUUUUGUGUUGCAUUCUAAUACAGAAUUUGAUGGUCUAAUGAAAAAUCAGUGGAACCUAUCAUAACACACAUGAACAGUCUGUUCAGACUUUUACAAAUUCAUUGGUUGAUAUGAUUUUAGAAAGGUUCUUACUCAUACUAAUUGUGUAUUGUCACACUUCAUUCCACCUUGUACUCAUUCAUACAAACCAGCAAAAAAGGGCUGGAACAAUGCAGUGCUUGACUGUUCAUGAGAGUUUGAAACUGAGUGGCUGGUUAAGUGCUAAAAGAAAUUUGGGAUUAGCCGCUGCAUAUGCCCUGCUCUGUAAGGAGGGCUCUUUCUCCAUGCAUCUCUCCUUUCUCACCUCUCUCCUUGAAGACUUAGUAAAAACAAACAUGAACACCAUCUUUUAAAAAGAAAUGUAGUCUCUUUUUAAGUUUAAAAUGUAAGCAGUGGCAAUCAUGACCAGUAUUAGCAGGUGUAUAACAAAUAGUAAAUGCUGUAUUUUCUAAAAUGAGUCUUGGGACUGUUAUAACAUAGUUAAACAUCUAACAAUAUAGGGGCUAAAUCAACAUGUUCAUUGCACUGGUUUGCUAUAAAUAUACUUUUAAAAUAUAAAUAAGCUCUGUCCUAAUUAUUUAACAGUAUUUAGCACUUAGGGGGUGCUCUCUCACAGAUAGCAGUUGAAGUUUCUGCUAGUUGCACCAUUGUAAAAUCCUGACUUUAACACCAAAGGUAUAAAGACUGUCAGCACUACUUAUACAAACCCAUUGUUUUGGAACUUGAUAACUGGGAUGUGUGCUUAAAAAAAAACAAAAAAAAAAACCCAAACCUUUCCUGAAUGAAACUUGGCACAUACUGUGUCUAUUUGGUUUUGAAAUAAAACUCAGUAACUAACUGAUUCCUAAUGACAGGAGCACAGGUAUGGAGGCAGGACUCAGCAACACAUUGUUUAAAUAGAUCUUUCCCAGGUAACCUAGCUGUGGUUUGUCUUCUGUUUUUCGUUUGUUCGGGUGAGGGAAGGGUGCCUUUCUUUUGAAGAUACCUGAGUAUUACAGCACGUUUGCUAAAAAUAUCUUUGAUUCCAGUUGAGAAGGCUAGAUCAUCUUUCCUGCUAUGGCUACUCUGUGCAUCCUGCUUAAACAAUCACUUGCAGAUUCUCGCUAAAUAGAUGAAUUAAAGUGGCUUAGAAUCAUAGGCCUGGUCUACACUGUGGGGGUGGAAUCGAUCUAAGUUACGCGACUUCAGCUACAUGAAUAACGUAGCUGAAGUUGACGUACUUAGAUCUACUUACCAUGGUGACUUCACUGCGGUAUGUUGACUGCUGACGCUCCCCCGUCGACUCCGCCUGCACCUCUUGCGCCAGUGGAGUACCGGCGUCAACAGGAGAGUGCUUGUCGGUCAAUUUAUUGCAUCUUCACUAGAGGCAAUAAAUCAACCUCUGCUGGAUCGAUCACUCCGGAGGUAAAUGUAGACAUCCCCAUACAAUGCUGUUACAGCCCCAACCGUCCUGUCCUCAGUCAGGAUACUGGUUAUGGUCAGUUGCUGACGCUGGCCCUUGAAACUAUGGAUAGUUGACAAAAUGUAGAACAACCUGAACGCUGCUCACUUCCACUGGGGACUGGUUCAGCAGUGGACAAGAGCAAAGCCAUCUUGCAACCCACUUCCUAAACUGAACUGAGUGAGCAAAAGCUGAAUCUGGCAUACUUUACAUUUGUGGCCAUGUGCAUGUGUGGCAUCUGGACUGUAGUGACUUCCAUAACAUUUGUUAUCACAAGCCUAUGAUGGAAUUGCUUCUCACUGUUUCGCUUCUCUCUUCAGCUGCUACAGGGGAUCAUAGCAUAAAGAAACUACUUUGUGAUAUAGUUCUGUAACCAUCUGCCAGAUUAAAUAUCUAGUUUUACACGCAAACAUUUUUUCAUGUUCUUUGGAAUUGUCAGUGCAUUGACAUAAUUUGAUGUACUGCUUUACUAUAAAGUCGUCUUUGGUUUCUAAAUAGACUUGUAGUUAAUUCUGUAGUAAACGAAAGUUCAACGUGGCUAAUCCACAGUAGACUGAACUGCAUAUUUUAAUGACUUUUUUAGGUAAAGGUUUACACAUGCAGCUGAAAAUAGUCCAAAUGUCUUUCCUCUGUUGUUUAGACUAAAAUAGUCAAACUGCUGUGCAAACCAAUUGGGUUUAAAUAAUUUCAACCAAAGAGUAACUUUAUUAUAUCUAGCUUCAGACAGAAUUAAGAUUUCACAUCUGAGAUUUACAAAACUCCUGGAAAUAAGAUUUUAUAAUAGAAAUGCUAAUAAAUCCUUAACAAGUAAGACCUAGCAGCUGUACAAUUGAACAUAGCAUUGUUUUUGAAUAAGAGAAACAUAGAAACAUAGUCUUACUGUGGCUUCAGACUUAUUUUGUCAGACUUUUGGACUAUUUUGCAUAAAUUUUGCUCAAGGAUGCCAUGUAACUAUUGCUGUUUGAAGGAUUGUCUUGGUAAAAUUUUGUAAUCAUGUAAUUUUGCUGUUUAAUACAGGGGUUCUCAGGACAAAUUUUUUGGUGGCCUCAGAGAGUGGCCACCAAUUCUUGCUGGUGGCCACUCACACUUUUCCCUAAAAUACUUAAUUAACUUUAGGAAAAAAUAAAUAUACACGUCCAAAUCAUUGUAAUUUAUUUUUUACUAGCUAAUAAGCCUGUUGUGAAAGUGAUAUUAACAAACAUACAAGUAUCACUUUUCACAGCAGACGUACUCAGCCCCAGCAAGCCUGGGUACAAAUUAAGCCCUUGAUGGAGGGGAGGAGGGCCAAGAGAGGCUGCAGGGGGCUGCAUCCUAAAGCUCCAUGGCUGGAGGAUGUAGCCCAAAGCUGCUCAGCUGGGAACCCAGGGCUGGAAUCCGAAGCCCUGUGGCAAGAGCCUGCCCCUUGCAACCUCAGGGCUGAAGUCCAAAGCCUGAGCCCUACUUCUCCUGGGAUGGUGAGGAAAUCACUGGCUGCCUGCUUCUCCAGCAUUGUGACCCAGGUGUCUCCGGGGGGGGAGGGGGGAGGGUAACCCUGCUGGUGGCCCCAGUAACCAACACCAAGGCAGUGCAUCCAGGAGCACCAGGGAGGGCCACUGCUUUGUACUUUCGAGCUCUCCCCCCGCCACCCCCCGCCCUAAUAACAGUCCAGGAGGCUGUGGCUGCAUUUGAGAAACGCUGGUGUAGUAUAGGUAUUUUCAUUUCCAGGAAAUGAUGUGAAACUCAGGAAGUUUGUAGCUGUAGAACUAAGAUUUCAGAUUUCUGGUUGGUUGUAUGUAAAAUUGCUGUUGCUAACUUCAUGGGUUUAUGCUGACAUCUGCUGGUACUCAUGAAAUAUUAAACUCCAAAUCAGACUCGUACUGAAUUUUAAUCUGCUUACUUUUAAGAAAAUGUUGGAUGUUCUUUUCUUUUAUCAUUGGAUUUUUGAUUCAUUCAGUGCUAACUAUGAAAUAAUUCACUGAAAUGGAAUGUAAAAAAUCUCUUCACAUUCGAAGUUCGGGUACGUUUCAGAGUAGCAGGCGUGUUACUCUAUAUCCAUAAAAAGAACAGGCGUACUUGUGGCACCUUACAACAUUAAAGCACAAUCUGACUCCUUAUGCUAUCAGCUUUAUAAGAAAUCUUGUAAUUUUUCAUAAUCAAAUGCAAAUAAAUUACAGUAACUUUUAA